AUGGCAAAGAAUUACACGGAUAUAUAUGCUAGCCUCAUCUACACAGCUGAUGACGCAUUUAAAAAAAUAGGAUGGUCACACAAUUUGAUGGAACAAAAAAUUGAUUUCGAGGAGACGAAAGGAGAUAAAUUCAAUGUGGGAUGCUCGACGGUAAUAAAAAUUGGAUUAAAAGAUGGACGCCAGCAUUCAGAUUUUGGUUAUUAUGAAAGCAAUGAAAAAACGAGAGGAGAAGCGCUCUUCCGGGCGAGAAUGAUAUCGACAAUCAAUGCAUUUAGAAAAAUAUUAUGGUACUUCGAAGAGAGCCGAAAUAUCCUUAAAGAACGAUAUUCCAGGAAAUAUAUUUUCGAAACCAACUGCACUGAGGAACAACGACAGGAACAAAAAGACGCCCUUCAAAGGGACGAAGAGCUGUUAGAGAAGAGUCAAGGAAUGACGGUCGACAAAAGAGAGCUCGAAGAAGAAAUGAAAAGACAACGACUCACGCUUGCAGCAGAAAAGAGGAAGAAAUUUAAAAUAGACGAUGCAGCGAGAAUGAAGCAGGAAAAUAAUGAUAAAGAAGGAAGGAAUGAAUGUAAAAUGAAUGUAAAAUGA